AUGAAACGCAGAGAAUCUGAACCUCUUAUUCCUAUACUUAAGAAUAAGCUUUAUCCACAAACUUAUUUUGAAAUAGUUUUUGACUAUUAUUUAAAAGAUAUGUUGUUAUCAAUUGAUAAAAGUUAUUUAGCAGACCCAUUUAACUCUUAUGGAAUGUAUGAUCCAAAUGACAGUUUUCAAAAUACUAUCUUUUUGUGUUUAUCAAAUAAAAUCUAUGGUGGUGAUGAUAAAAUAGAACAAUUUUGUGAUGUUUUUCCUGAUAUUGAUCAGUUAGAUAAAGAAAUCAUUGAACUUUAUGGAAAAAUUCAUGCACAAUAUUUACUCACAUAUGAUGGUUGUAAACAUGCAAAAAAAGCAUGGGAAGAAGGGUUUUGGGGAAGUUGUAGAAAUCCAAAUUGUAAAGGAUAUCAUUUAUUACCUUAUGGUAGAUCAUAUAUCAUUAAGCAAUAUCCAAUGAAUCUUUAUUGUGGUUGUUGUGGAAAGUUAUAUUCAACAGACAGUGAAUCUGUGUUGGAUGGUGCGUAUUUUGGACCUUGGUUUAUUCCUAAUUUCUUUCUUGAAUAUCCAGAAUUACUUCCACCUUCAUCUUGUUUCUUAAAAACAAUUCCUCAAUAUAUUUAUGGUUAUAAAAUUGCUCAAGAACAAACUUUUUGUGAGUCUUUACAACAUCAAAAUCCUCCAUUACCUUCAAGAACAUUUGUUUAUAAAACAAGACCAUAA